AUGAUCAUCUUGUUGCCACUAAUCUCUUCUCUCUUUUCGCUCACCAACUCAGCGAAUCUUCAACGCUUAAAGCGUCAAGUGCAAACUGUUUACAUUUGUGGAAGUGCUUGUCAAAAUUGGGGAUGCGAAAAUGGUGGUUGCAAUAACGGAUGUUCGAAUGGGAACUGUCAAUACUCGAAUGGGAUCGUUUCACCAACCUUCUACAAACCGUACUCGAAUUGUAACUCUGGAUGCGGCAAUGUCAACUGCAACAACUUCUAUGGACAGUAUUUAAACGGCCAAUACAUCGCUUACAGUCCCACCAACAACGUCUAUUCGGCAUGCGCGAGUGCGUGUUGCAAUCGACGACAAUAUCUGCCAAUGAAUAACUAUAACAAUAUGGUGAUUGGUCAAGGAGCCGUACCAUUUAAUGGAAAUGGUUGGAACGUUCCCCAAAUCGGUCAAGGAGCUUUUCCAACAGGACAACAACCAAUUGGAACGAUCAAUAAUCACGCUUGCAUAAAUGGUCAAUGUCCAACUGGAUAUCAGUGUCAGAAUGGUCGUUGCGUGAAUCUUUUCACCGCUCCUCUUCUCCGCUGCACUGCUGAUGGUGGCUGUCUUUUUUUGAGUUUCGUUGUCGGUCAGUAUAACAAAGAGUUGGAAACUGCAUUGUUGAAAACUUACAAUCGAAAGCAUCGUCCGGUUAAAAAAGAGUCAUCAACAGUGUCGGUGCAAGUGUUUCUAACAAUUACGCAUGUGGAGAAUGUGAACGAGCACGAGCAAACAAUGUUAGUGCACGGAAAUCUGUGGGCCGGUUGGACAGACGAGUACCUUUUAUGGGAUCCUAAGGAAUGGAACAAUACAAAAGCCAUAAGCAUCGACACAUACAAGAUCUGGCAGCCAGCACUUUCAUUGUACAAUAGUGCUAAAGCAAACGCGUGGUACUUGUACAUGCAUGGAUUACCGGCGAUGAUCAAUUGGCAGGGAAAAGUUUGGGCAAAUGGAGCUUUCUCUUUUCAUGUCACUUGUCUUUUCGAUUUCAGCAAUUGGCCUUAUGAUGAACAGGAAUGUCCAAUUGUGCUUGCUGAUUGGGUCUAUGAUUUGGCUAAGGUCAAUCUGUCAGAUCCGAUGGGUGAGAGUCCGUGGGCAAAACCGCAAGUGAAGCUCAAUUUCGAUCCGAGUAAUAAAGAAGAGAAAAGACAUGUGGCCGAUCUU